UUUUUAUAAUUCAAACCCUAGUUGGUUUAUUAACUGCCGGUUUCAGGAAAGCAGUUAAGUGAAAAAUGUCAGUUUCCAUAUUAAAUUCUGAUUAUAUAUUUCACUUAAAUUCCUUUCGUGAAAUUGGUUAUAAUAUAUAUUAAAAAAUAUAUAAUCUUGUUGUUGAAGAGCCGUAAACUAGUUCCAAGUAAUUCGAAAUUAACAAGAAAUUUCUAAGCUCCGAGUUCAGAACGGGUGGACUUCCCUACAGGGUCACUUCAACACGCAAACACUCCCAUACAUCUAACAGUUCUAACAGUCAAUCAUCACAACAUUUUUUCUCUCCUACAAUUUACAAUUACAACAUAUAUGUAUGUAUGUACAUAUGUAUAUAUGUGCGUUGCCAUUGAAGGCGAAAGUGGGAGCGUCGCACAACAUGCGGUCGGUCACUUCAUAACAUCUGUUACGCCAAGGGGCCAUACUAGGGUAUCAACUACAAACAAUUCCACUAUCGUUUAUUUAUCAUCAUUUUGAAUGGCAGCCAAGAACAUUGAUAAACAAAAGCAUUGUGUUAAAUACACAAAACAGCAACAAAAUCCAUUUUCAACAUUCAAAAUGCUGUGAGUGUCGCCGUGUCGACGCUUACAAAAACCUUUUCCUUAUUACAAAACCACAAAAAAACUUAAAAAAAAAAAAAAAAUGUGCCAGAAAUAAAAUCAAAUGCAAAGUAGCGAGACUGUAAGCAAACAUAGCAGCAACUUGCGGAAAAUUAGGCGGUGUAGAGGGUGGAGUGGGGGAGUGGGUACAGGGGACAACUUGAGAAAGCAAAAAUGCAACAGAAAACAAUGAAAACCUUUUGGCCUCGAUGUCGCGAUGUGCUUCCGCUACACAAACGCCGGGUAUUUUUUUAUGCUUUUCAAUUUGUUCGACAAAAAAAGAAAAUAGCAAACCGAGAUUCUCAAUAAGACGUCGCCCUCAACAGCAAAUUGUUUGCUAAUUUUCAUUGUCAAUUUCAGUGACAGCGUAACCGUCCGCCCGACGGCUUGCUUUCAUAAAAGUAUCAAGCCUGUAAAUUGUGCUGAUUUCAGGACAUAGCAUACAAAAAAUUACUUUAAAAAAAUUGACGAAUUUUAAAGUGAAGCAGUGUAAGUGCCUUAAAAAAAAUUUUGAAAGAUAUCCGGGAAAAGGAAGAACACAAAAAUAUGUCACAAAAUAAAAAAAAUAUGCAAUAUCUCUCCGUCAAUACGGAGGAUUAUUUGCGUCCCCUCCGUCCGGCUCAUCGGCGCAUUAGCCGCUCCAUCUCGCCUGGUUUGGAUACAAUGGAAUCAUUGGAUGAGUGCGAGAGUGAUCAUAAUUUAAGAAAGACAGCGAGCAGUAAAUCACUGCUGAUGCUACACAAAUUCACUUCGAGUGAUUCGAAUCUCAGCACCACCGACAGUACGACAAGUAGUCGCAAAGCAUUUUACAAGUCCACAGAAAAUCUCUGCUUUGUACGGCCCAAGAAGCAUUUGCGUCGGCAGGAGCAAGUCAGUGAAGUGUAUCGACCACGACCGCGUUGUAAUACUGAUCCAGUGGAUGUCGAUUGGCUGAGAGAGAAACGUAUUCCGGUGCCUAUUUUAAGUGUACCGCCAACAUCGAAUUCUGCCUGCAGUUCCUUGGCGAAUUCUGCUGCUCCAACGCCACUACUCGGCCGAAAACAUCACCAACGUCGUUCGAGCGCAUUGAGUUCUUUGAUCGAGCAAGCGCUGAAGGUGACGACAGCAUCGGUGGGAUUGAAGUCGAAAACGGAGGAAAGAUUAACUCAACAACAAGCUACAACAAAAUCAGCAAAUGAUGAUAAUGUCAAACGCAGACUUUCAAGCGUCAGUACAUUUGCUGCAACUCCCAACGAUUCUACUUCCAUGGCACCAUUGCAAAGUCACGCUGAAACGCAAAGUGUCACAACGUUAAAUUUGCACGAGAAAGACAGCACCGCCUCGCCGUUGACGUCGAUCGGCAGCAAUAGCAGCAAUUCGAACAGUGCACAGAAGCAAAAGCAGCUGCAGCGUCAUCAGCGUAACAACUCCAAUCAAAGUGAUUACUACACCGCAGCCUAUUCGGCGACAAUAUCGGACAGCAACGGCCGUGGCGAAGGGAGAUCCUUGAACCCUUUAGCGCCAAGCGAGUCUACAACCAGCGUGCGCAGUAUCAGUCCAACGUCGCGUAAAAGUGCCACCAGCAGUAAUUGGAGCAGCCACACCACGGCGAAGCAUGAGCAAUCGACGGCGGCAGCAACAGCUGCUGCUGCUGCCGCUACAACAACAGUGCCGGCGGAGAAGGAGAAGGAGAAGAAACGCAAAGAGGUCUCCAGUUCGCGUGUGAAGAAAUUCCAUCGGCACUUCACGCAGGUGUCCAAGGAUGAGAAGCUCAUUAAUUAUUUUUCUUGUGCGCUUGUAAGCGACAUUCUGCUACAAGGACAUCUUUAUAUAACGGAUCAGCAUUUCGCAUUCUACUCAAAUGUGUUUGGUUAUGUUACGAAGGUUGUCAUUCCCACUUCGUCGGUAACGAAAAUUUCCAAAGAGAAAACGGCCAAAAUCAUACCGAAUGCUGUCGGUGUCGCCACCGCCGACGAGCGCCAUGUCUUCGGUAGCUUUAUUAGCCGCGAGGCAGCCUUCCGUCUGAUGUGCAGCGUUUGUCCGCCACUAGCUCCUGCCGAAAUUCUUCCAAAAAUACCCGCAGAAAUUGAAAUUUCCGAAGAGUAUUCCAUCGAGGAUGACAGCAGCUGUUCGAUUAGCGGCAAUGAGAGUCCACCACAAGCGCUGGUAGCAGCAGCAGCUGCCGCCGCCGCUGGUGGUAUAGAUGGACUUGGUCAAACGCUAAUACGCCGCAAUGUGGCUAGCUCAAGUUUGAACAUAGCCGAUGGCAAAGCAGCAACGUGUGAACACCAGCGACAUUCCGCUCCUCCAGUAGAUGCCAAACAAGCCGGCGCUUACUCCAAUUCAGGUGCAGCGUCACCCGCGGCACGCAGCGGCCAGCCGCUUAAUGCCGAUGGUACAAACGCCAGCUGUAGCAACGAUGCUAUUGCUGGCGCAGGCAUUGCACUGAUAGUGGCCGGCACCGCUUCUUCCACAUCGGCUUCAUCGUCACCCACACCGUCGACAUCUUCCUCGUUGCCCACCACAGUGAUGGCGGCCACAAGCAGCAGCACACCCAAGUCAGCUGCGCACGCGGCUGUGUCCAGCUUUAAGAGGCUCACACAGAAGGCGCUGCUACGCUUGAAAUUCCCCACGGAAUUACAUGUGGUCUACUUGGGUGUGCUGCUCACCAUGGUGUUGGCGUUGUUUUCCGUUUUCCUGCUCUAUCGAAUACUAGACAUUGAGGCGAAAACGAGCGCGUACCGCACGCCAACUGAAUUUCAUUGGCAGCGUUCCGGUAACGAUGACGAUAUAUUUGCAGAGGCUUUGCGUUGGCAAAGGGAAUUGCAAGCAAAAAGUACCGAAGAAGCUCAGAAUAUACUUACACAAAAUUUAGAACAAAUUGCCAAGGUACGUCGCAGCUUAGAAACACUCUCAAUGUUAAUCCAUGACCGAAGCUCAGCUUAUGCAGAUCGCGAUGAUAGUGACUGAAUUUAUAUUUUUAAUUAAUAUAUUAUUACUAAAUAUUAAAGGUUAAAUUGGAAGACCUACACAUGCACACCAUAAAAAGUACAUUCAUACAUACUAUGUAGGUUCACAAUAAUUUUUAAGCAAAUGAAAUGAAAUACUAUUAUAUUUAGAUAAUUAUAUUAUGAAUACAAGAAAAACUGCGUACUAAAGAAGGCGAAUGCAUGUAGAGAAUGAUGAAAUGAAAAGCGCAAUAGUGAAUAAGUGAAGCGAGAAAAAAACUUAAUUAAGCAAAAACUAGAAGAGGAAAAAAUAAAAUAAAUAAAUAACAUUGAAUAUUUAGCCCGCAAACAUAUGUAUGUAUUUCAGAAACACUUUUCUUAGUUACUGUGCACAUUUCAAGUUGAAAUACCUUUACUAAAUAGUAUUAACCUAAUAUUAUUAAGUGUAAACAACGCUGUCAAAAGAAAGUAAGCGAGCAAGCGAAGUUUUUUUUUUAGCAUUCUCGUGCAUAUUUUGAAAUGAGCCGACUGCCAAAUUUAAGAUUUUUUGUUAACUACAAACUAUUUAUAUUUUUAUAUAUA